AUGGUUGCGGGAGAAGAGAGGGAAGCGAGGUCCGCUUCCCGGAGUAGAAUAAGUACGCGGCUAAGCAACUCAGCUAACAGCGUUCGCGUAGGUGAGUCGGCCUUUAGCUCUCAGGAUUACUCUGCUAGCCAUUCUUUCGAUGCAGAGGAGACUGUACGUGAAAUCCUCUUCCGCCGCCGCAACACGGGCGAGCAGGAAGAGGGACUGUCAAGCUUCCGGCGUGACCGAUCGCAAAAAGCGAUGUUUAAUUCUCGGAGGCUAGGUAUUAUAAUGCUGAUUCUGGGUCUUAUAAAUGGUGGAUUGUUUGCACUGCUUCAGGUAAGACGAAAGGCAUACGCAGAGUGCACUGUCGAUGUUCCUGACAGGCUCCAGAGGGGCGACGAUAAAUGGGUGCACACAAUAACGACGCAAAAUUGCUCGGGCGACAUAAAGAGAUUCCAAAAGGCGAAUAAGAUUUAUGUCUAUUACUCUAUAUACAAUUAUCCAUUUCACGGCGCUGCCGCUUUCAAGCUGCACUCAAAGAAGCAGUUGGAAGGGAAGGAGUCCACUAAGAAAGAUGUGCAUCCUUGCUAUCCGUAUCACAUGGUAUCAAUAGGAGGCAAGGAAAAAAUAAUAUACCCCUGCGGACCACACAUGUGGCACCUAUACAGUGACAAUUUCAAGUUCUCGACUGAGAAUCCCAAGGACUCUACCAUCUAUUUGCGCCUUGACGAUUCGUUUGAAACCCUGUCAUAUUGCCAGGAAUAUGCCCAUAUGCAGAACCCGGAGGCUAAAGUCGUCAACCAGACAUUGUAA